GUUCUGAAGACGCUGGUUUGUGACAGGGAGCGGGAGAGGGAAGGCCUGCUUAAAGGUUGCCUCUCCAUCCCUCCGCUCCCGGGCACCCCUGGAAAAAACAGCACCCCGGCCCCGCGGCUAGCCCCUCCCCCCAGGCUCUCUCCGCUCGAUUUCGCCACCGUUAUGUGGGAAGCGAAUCCGGAGAUGUUUCACAAAGCAGAAGAACUCCUGUCCCAAACAGCAGGCGGUGAGAUGGAUGAGAUGGACACGUCAGAUACCCAGUGGGGCUGGUUCUACCUGGCAGAAUGCGGAAAGUGGCACAUGUUCCAGCCGGAUACCAACAUUCAGUGUUCAGUUAGCAGUGAAGAUAUCGACAAAAGCUUCAAAACAAACCCUUGUGGCUCCAUUUCUUUUACUACUUCCAAAUUCAGCUACAAGAUAGACUUUGCAGAAAUGAAGCAAGUGAAUCUUACCACUGGGAAACGGCGCUUAAUAAAAAGAGCCCCCUUUUCUAUCAGUGCUUUCAGUUAUAUCUGUGAAAAUGAGUCCAUCCCCAUGCCGCCGCACUGGGAGAAUGUGAAUACUGACGUGCCCUACCAGCUUGUUCCUCUGCACAAUCUGACGCAUGAAUACAAUGAAGUUGCUAGUCUCUUUGGGAGAACAAUGGAUCGCAACCGAAUUAAAAAAAUUCAGAGAAUUCAAAACCUAGACUUGUGGGAGUUCUUUUGCAGGAAGAAGGCUCAGCUCAAGAAAAAAAGUGGUGUGCCUCAGGUUAAUGAACAAAUGCUGUUUCAUGGGACCAGCAGUGAAUUUGUAGAAGCAAUUUGCAUUCAUAACUUUGACUGGAGAAUAAAUGGUAUACAUGGUGCUCUCUUUGGAAAAGGAACCUAUUUUGCUAGAGAUGCUGCUUACUCCAGUCGCUUCUGCAAAGAUGACAUAAAACAUGGAAACACAUUCCAAAUUCAUGGUGUAAGCUUGCAACAGCGGCACUUAUGUAGAACAUAUAAAUCUAUGUUUCUUGCUCGAGUGCUGAUUGGAGAUUAUAUAAACGGAGACUCCAAAUACAUGCGACCUCCUUCCAAAGACGGUAGCUAUGUGAAUUUAUAUGACAGCUGUGUGGACGACACCUGGAACCCAAAGAUCUUUGUGGUGUUUGAUGCCAACCAGAUCUAUCCUGAGUACUUAAUAGACUUCCACUGAUUUGACUUAACAGAUCUCAGAGGUCAAGGAAGUGUAUUCUUUUUGCAAGAAGAUUUGCUCUUCUGUCAUCUAGCCACCAAUGUUAAUAAUCUGACACUUUUGAAACAUAUAUAUAUAAAAAAAAGUGGCCUCCAUAAAAAAGGACAUACUGACU